AUGGACAAGCCUUCUCAAAUCUUUAACUGUGAUGAAUCUGGAUUUGCGGAUAAAACGGAUACAAGCAAAGUCAUCGCGGCUAGUCCAACCAAAUUUCCUUAUAAAAACCAAGGUCCGGAUGGUACAGGAUAUAAUACCAGCAAAAAUGGAUGGAUGGAGGAAAAUAUAUUUUUCCAGUGGUUUAAGAAUAUGUUUAUUCCAUUAACGGCAACAACACCGAAGCCAAUUUUAUUGCUACUUGAUGGACAUACCUCACAUCAGAGUGUGCGCACUGUAGAAUUAGCUAUUGAACACAAUAUUAUUUUAUAA